UUCCAUGGUUUGGUAUUUAUUUAUUAUACUGUAUUAGUUUACUGCAUGAUUUUCAAAAAUGGGUACCCAUCUUCAAAAAGAAGAUUGUCUUAUUCAAAUAAGGGAUAAACUACGAAGAGAUGGAGUUAAAUUGUGGCUUCCACCUUAUGUUAACUCUUCAAAUAAUUCUUCAAAAGACGAUAUUCAGCAUCUGGCGGAAGAUUAUAGUAGUACUUUGAAAAUACCUUUGGAUCUCUGUUUGGAAACUUUAUUAGAUCUUCAAAGAAAUGCACUGGAAAAUUUGAAACAAAAAAAUCGUUUUCAAGAGUCUGGUCUUGCAACAAUCAAAAUUAAAAUAUUGUUACCCGAUAGCCCUCCAAAGAUUAUCACGAAGGAACUGUUAUUAUCUAUGCAAACCAGUGAUUUAAAAAGUAUUAUUAAUCAAGAAGUCAAUUUUUGUGCUGAUCGAUUAAAGUUAAUUAGUUCUGGGAAAGUUCUAAAUGAUGCAGUCUCGUUAGGUAGUCAGGGAGUCAAAAACGGCCAACAAAUACUCGCUAUAGCAAUAUCGGAAACACCUACACAAGUGUUAGAAACGGAGAAUCAAAUUAAAGAACUGGAGAAUAUUAAAACAGAUUCUCGCCUUCUUGCAUUGGAUAAUGAAUUUAUGCAGCUUGAAGAUCAGUUUGGGAAUCCAAUAAAAAUACCACCCAAUGAAAAAAAAGCUUUGAUUGUGGCUAUGACUUUACAUGAAAAGGGAAAAUCUGCAUUAAAACGCCUUGAUUAUUCCAGAGCAUUGGUGUUUUUCUUGGAAGCCGAUGAGGAAUUUAGGCAUUGCAAUUCACAAUUAUUAAAUACAGUCGACAACUAUGCUCUUUUAAAUUUGGACAUAGCAUGGUGUUACUUGUGUUUGGAAAGCUUUGCUCACCUUCCAGAGGCAUACGAAAGGUUAAAAAAAUGCGAAGAAAAGUUUCAUUCAACUUAUGGACCUAAUUUGGAACGUUUAAUUGCCGUUAAGGGAACUCCAGGCAACGAAGAAGCAUUAUUUAUGAGACUUCACUUAUUACAAGCUAUCGUUUUAUACCAUCAAAAUAAGAGAUCCGAUGCAUUGGCUUUGUUGAGAAAAGCGGAAAAUGAAAUAAAAAAUUUAAAAAUUGAUGAAUAUAAACUGACAGCUUUAGUAGAAUUGGGUUACUCUCCUGCAGAAGCUACUCUUGGUUUAAGGGCUACUAAGGGAGAUGUGAAUUAUGCCGCAAACUACAUUAAUGAGACUAAAGAAAAAAGGGCUGAAAGGAGAAAAAAGGCCAAAGCUGAAGAAAUUUUGAAAAAGGAAAGGAAAAAACUUGGCAAGUGUGCUGAUGGUGAACAGUAUGUGGAUCCCAAUUUUGUCAAGAUUCUAGUUAAUAUGGGGUUUAAUAAAGAGGCUGCAAGAAUCGCUUUGCAAAAAACCAAUAAUAUUAUAUCUGAUAGCAUUCAGUAUAUACAAGAGAAUCCUUUGCCAGGACCAAGUGGCACAAAAAGCAAGGAAUUGUUGUCUCUAAUAGAGGACCUAAUACCUGAGCUUGAAUCUGCUGGUUUUGAUGCGAGAAUGGCCAAAUUAGCAUUAGAAAAACAUUCGGGUGAUAUAAUGCAAGCUGCCGAAGAAUUACUGGCAAACAAUGGUAUAGUUAGUGGAGAUUUAUCGCAUUUGAUAACUUCAGAGAGCAUUGAAAAUAUCAAGAAGAAAAAAUUAGAACUUGACGAAAAGAACGAGGCAUUCAAGCGCCUUGCCGAAGACAUAUCGAUAGUGGAUGAUGAUUAUUUGGAUAUCGACCUUGUGCAAGAAGAAAUCUUUCUUAAGCAGUACUUGUCCUUAUUGGAAAAAGAUAAUGUUUAAGAAUUUAACUGUGCAAGUAGAAGUGGCAAUUGCAGAAGACUAAUAUAUUUUUUUAAACCAUAUA